UUCCCUGACCCGUUCUGUUCGCCCUCCCAGCCACCCCCGCGACCCCACAAGCGCCCGCCCUUCUGCCGACCGGACGAUCCCGAGCAAGCGAACUUCCAUCCCAAACCGACCACCGCGGCCCAAUUGCUGGCGGUGCGCCGAUCUCCCGGCGACGCGGUACACAGAUUCUUGGCUGCUUCAAUUAUAUCGCGGCAGCUUUUGGCGGGGCGCAAGAGACGACAUCCGUGAGCGAGCCAGACAGCUCUGGUCGCAUUGUUUGCGCGCAGUUGACUCCAGCGCCAGUCGGCGACGGAACACAAGAAGAAUUGGACGGAAACGAACAUCCCACUGUCGUGACGAAACACAUUGAGACCCGAGGCGCGUCUCGUUAGAGGCUCCAAGAGACAAACUCUCGACCUGUCCUCGAUACCCGGCCGCCGCAUCGUCCAGUAGCUCGUUCACGAGAAACGAACAAAAUCUCGUCGCAAUGGCGUCCACCGUCACCAGCGGCUCGCUCGUCUACGAGCGCCGCGUCGUCGAGAAGGUCCACAAGUACCACUGGCCGGCCGUGCAGCUCAACGUGUGGAUGCUCAUCAUGCUCAUCGCGUCGUGCACCAUCAUCGGCGUGUUCGCGGCGUUCAUCCAGAUCCAGCAGGCGCUGCUCCUCCCGACGCCAUGGUACUUCGCCUACUUCAUCACGGUGGCGGCGCUCGCCGUCAGCUUCAUCAUCCUGCUGCUGUGGCUCAUCUUCCAGCGGCGGCUGCUGCCGUCUAUCGUCAUGAUCGGCGGCUUUAUCCUGUUCGUGCUGUGGCUGGUCGCGCUUAUCGUCAUCUCGGUGCAGCUGUGGGGCCCGUCGGGCUCCGUCAGCUCAAACUGCAACCUGUUCGUGUUCAACGCGAACCCCCUCGGCCAGAGCCUCAACACGCUCGCCUGGCUCGAGCAGCGCAGCAUCUGCCAGAGCUGGCAGGCCGUGUUCGCCUUUGGCCUCGUCGGCUCCAUCUUUUUGCUCUGGAUCAUGAUCAUGGCGUACCAGGUCUUUGCCAAUGACAGAUGAGCCCCUUCCAUUCGUCUUGUUUAGCGGGGCUCGAUCUACUUGCUUGCUUCUGCAAUCCCCGUCUUAGAUUUAUGGAUGUGUUUUGGCAUGACGUUGCAGACUUGCAUAUAUCCCUUCGGUUUGCCCAUGCUCUGAGCCUCCCGCCCUGAAUAAAAGGGGAGAUCUUAGACGAAAGAUACCCCUAUCUUUCUUUGUCUCUCUUUGUCUAUCUUUUGCAUUUUUGGGCCUUUUACAUAUCACCUGCGGUUUUGCAUUUCUUUCCGUCUCGAGCGGGGGGUCAUUGCAUUGGAUGGAAGGAGUUUACGGAGACCAAAGCAUCGCUGGUUGGUUGGUUGGUUGGCCGGCGAAUCUGGCGUUUACAUUGCGUGUCACUGCAUAUUUUCCUCUUCCCUUUUUCACAUUAUGAA